AAUCCGAGGCUGAGGACUUGCGCCCAAUUACUUCGGAUCCGGGGCGGAGAAGGACGCGAAGUUAUCUAAGCGACGCACCACAGAAAAAGAAAAUUAAGAAGCAACCGAGUUCUAAGAUCCAUGACGAUGUCUCAUCGACCUCGUGAACCCUGUGGCUGUCUGGCCCCAAGAGCCCGUUGAAGUCUGCAACUACAAGGGUAGAAACAGUCAAAGCAACCACUACCGCACUCCAUGGCUCGGGGGCUGAACAGCAAUGCCCAUGACCUGCUAAAUCGAAUAAUUCCCUUGCGCGGAAGCAGGCCAGCCUUUCUCGAAUUCCGCUCGUCCAAGAUCUUUAUUGUUUUCGCCGUGUGCUGGUCGGUCUUCACUGAUGUCUUCCUCUACGGGGUGGUCGUUCCCGUCAUUCCCUUUGCGCUCCAAACUCGAGUCCACGUGGCCCAUGCGGAUACACAGCAUUGGGUUUCUGUCCUGCUCGCCGUAUAUGCAGCUGCGUUGCUAUUCUUCGCCCCUCUUUGGGGCAUCAUGGCCGACCGGACUAGCUCUCGCCGUGGACCGUUUCUUGCAGGACUUGUCCUGCUCACCGGAUCAACUUUGAUGCUAUGCCUGGGCAAGACCAUCCCCGUGCUGGUGGUGGGGAGGUUGCUGCAAGGAGUGUCGGCUGCUGUGGUUUGGGUGGUCGCCUUAGCCCUCCUCGCAGAUACGGUGAGUGAGCAGGAAUCAGGCCAGGCCAUUGGCUAUGUCAGUCUUUCGACUUCGUUAGGGGUCUUGGUUGCGCCACUGAUUGGCGGUGUGGUAUACGAGCGUUCGGGAUACUACGCUGUGUUUGGGGUCACCUUUGCCGUGAUCGGGUUUGACAUCUUGUUGCGGCUGGCCUUGAUUGAGAAGAAAAUCGCAGCCAGGUGGCUUGAACCAGACACUGCUUCAAAUCAGCCAACAUCAAGUGGCCCCACUCAGCGAGACACAGAACUUGAUGAUCGGAAUGCAUCGAGCGCUGUGGUCGAGAAAAAUGCGAAUACGGCAGUCGCCGAGCCUUGCACCACGCGCCCUGCUCGAAAACUACCGUCUAUGCUGAUUCUGCUCAAGUCGCGACGUAUUCUGGUUGCAUUUUGGGGCAAUCUUGUGGGGGCCAUGACCCUUACUGCCAUCGAUACGACUCUUCCCUUGUAUGUAAACCAAAUUUUUGGCUGGAAUUCUCUGGGGGCCGGAUUGGCUUUCCUGGCUUUGAUUGUGCCGGGGUUUGCAGGGCCGUGGAUAGGCCAUCUGACCGACAAGUACGGUCCCCGCUGGAUUGCGGCAUCUGGGUUGCUGCUGUCAGUGCCUUUUUGGGUGUUGCUUCGGCUAGUUGACCAUGACACGGUCGGCCAAGCAGUGUUGCUGUGCGCCCUGCUGGUGCUCUUGGGAGCUGCUACCGCGCUUCUCCUGACCUCCCUGAUGGCAGAAUUCAGUAAAGUGUGCGAUGCAAAGGUGCGGCAGGAGCCUGAUGUCUUUGCUGGGAAGUCUGCUUAUGCCCAGAGUUACGGGAUCUUCAAUGUGUCGUGGGCAGGAGGGAGUCUGCUUGGACCACUGGUGUCCGGGGCCAUCAAAAGCGCUGCAGGCUGGAAGACCAUGACGUGGACAAUGGCACUCUGGUGCGCGGUAGGGAUUCUGCCCACGGUUUUGUACUCGGGAGGCAUGAUCUCGAGGGGGAAACGACGCGGCAACAACGGCGAAGUUGUGGGUGACGGAAGUGCCUAGACACGCGUAACGUGGACAGUGAUAUCAGCGUGAAGUAGGCGAGACAGGAAGGAUCAUGACCUCGGUGGCAUCUGCUUGAGGGGUGUGGUGUUGGGCAGCUGUUCAAGGUAGUGGUGAUAAAUGUCGUGGUGUCUGGUGUCUGGCGUCGAAUCAACCACCGUGACGCGGUUGGAUCUGAAACGCGGCCCAUGCGCAUCGCGACUGUCGCAGCCUCGGCUCCAUCAACUGCAUCAUCGCCAGCUUUUCUCGUCCAGCGUCGUCGUCG